CCUCCAGACCUCAGUCACUCGCCAGCCGCCGGGCUACACGCGCGCGCGCCGAUACGCGAACCCGAUCACACGUUUACAGUAAUGCUGUGUUUCGUUUAGGUGAUCGUGUCAAUUUUUGGACUGAAGUUUUAAUACGAACCGACCAUGCCCGUAGCAACAGGAGGCAUCAGGGCGUUCCUCCGGGAGAACCUUCUCACAUUCCUGACCGUGAUCGGCGUGGUGGCGGGCACGCUGCUGGGAUGCGGGUUGCGGGCUUCGGGGCACGAGUUCACGCGGCGGGAGGUCAUGUACUUCCAGUAUCCUGGAGAGCUGUUCCUGAGGAUGCUCAAGUGUCUAAUAGUGCCGCUGUUGGUGUCGUCCAUAGUGUCGGCCAUCGGCUCGCUAGAUUUGAGCCUUUCUGGCAGGGUCGGUCUCCGCGCGAUCGUGUACUAUAUGACCACGACAGUGUGUGCCGUGAUGCUGGGCAUCGCGCUGGUCACCACCAUCAAGCCCGGCAUCAGCUCCUCCAACUACCAGCAGCCGAACACCACGAAGGUGCUCACCAAGGACACGCUCACGUCCGACACUCUGCUGGAUCUCAUAAGAAACGUGUUCCCGGAGAACAUCGCUCAAGCUACAAUCGCGUCCUACAGAACUAAACUCACUUAUGAUGGAAUCGAAAAAGGAGCUAUUAAAGGCCACCCAGAGACGUACAAAAUCGAGGGCGACUAUCAGCCUGGCAGCAACGUGCUGGGGCUGGUGGCGUUCAGCAUCGUGCUCGGCAUUACACUCGGCAAGAUGGGCGACCAGUCCAAACCGCUGCAGGACUUCUUCCAGUCCAUGUCGGAGGCCAUGAUGAUUAUCACUGGCUGGGUUAUUUGGAUCUCCCCCCUCGGCGUGUUCUUCCUAGUAACAGCCAAGAUCAUGGAGAUCGACUCGUUCGCGGACCUGGUGGGGCGGCUGGGCAUGUACUUCAUGACGGUCCUGCUGGGGCUGUUCCUGCACGGCUUCGGUACCCUCAGCAUCCUGUUCAUCCUGGCCACCAAGAAGCUGCCGUGUCGGUACAUCGCGAAGAUGGGGCAGGUCAUGGCCACUGCGUUUGGAACUGCUUCUAGCUCAGCAACUAUGCCGAUUACGAUAGGCUGCUGCGACGACAUGGGACUGGACCCUCGCAUCACUCGCUUCGUGAUUCCCAUCGGCGCCACCAUCAACAUGGACGGCACGGCGCUCUAUGAAGCCGUGGCCGCCAUCUUCAUCGCGCAGCUACGCAAGGUCGACAUGUCUUUCGGCAAGAUCAUUGCUGUGAGUGUGACGGCGACGGCGGCGAGCAUAGGCGCAGCGGGCAUACCCCAGGCCGGGCUGGUCACCAUGGUCAUGGUGCUGGACACCGUCAACCUGCCCGCUGAGGACGUGUCCAUUAUUCUCGCGGUCGACUGGCUGCUUGACCGAUUCCGGACUACGAUCAACGUGGUGUGCGACGCGCUGGGCGCCAUUAUCGUGACGUCACUGUCGCAGGGCGACAUCGAGAAGACCCGCGCGCUGCAGAACGACCGCGAGGGCGCCAACACGCACGAGCUGGCCGAGCUGGAGAAGGGGGACCAUUGAACGCCGUGGGGAAGCCAUUCUAUGCGCGCGAU